AUGUUACUGACGAAGACCCCCCGUCUGCUGCUGAUGGCUGCAUGUAUCGCAGCCUCGCUCAACCUGCCUACGUCUGUUGCUAGACAGGAUGUCCACCUUGACAACGCUUGCGCGUGCACCAUGGGCACCAUCCCGGUCGCGGUUGAUGUGCAUAUACCAGCUGAUCCGACUCUGCCAUUGAGUACCACAGACACAAGACGUCUGCACCACCGCGUCCAAAUCCUGCUGCAUGGUGACACCUACAACAGCGCGUACUGGAAUUUCCCGGUCAGCGGGCUUCAAAAUUACUCUUACGUCGCCUAUUCUUGCGAACGCGGGCUGUCGUCGUUCGCAUUUGACAUGAUCGGGGCCGGCCUGAGCACGCGCCCCAACUCGUCGGAUAUCCAGCUGUUCAUUUCCGGGAAUAUCACGGCUUCUCUAUUGGCGAUGUUGAAGGAUGGAUCGAUCAGCCACGCCCUUGGAGGGCAGGGGACGAAGUUCCCGAAGGUUAUCGCUAUUGGGCACUCGCUCGGGGCAGUAACCUUCAAUUGGGCCGCGAUCGCGCUCGGCGCCCGCGCACCAUUCGACGCAUUCAUAGCGACGGCGCAUAUCCACGAUCCGGGAUUUCUUGUCGGAAUAGACGUCCCCCUCUUGCCAGCGAACGAAGUAGACCCGCUCCGGUGGGGCGCCCUCGAUUCGGGAUACAUCACAACCCCGAACAUCUCCGCUCGCGCAUCUUUUUACUCUCCGGACAACAGCACGUUCUCACCCCAAGUGCUCGCGAUCGACGAAUUGACGAAGGACGUGGGCUCCUCCGCCAUUUCCGUAGGCCUCAGCGCGAUUUACGAGCCCGCGACAGGAUACACAGGUCCUGUGGCGGUCAUCGUAGGCGAGAAGGAUCAGGUCCACUGCGACAGCGCAGCGAACAACUUCGUGCCUUGCAAUGCCACGGGCGUCCUAGCGCUGGAGCAGCCGUUCUACCCGGAUUCGAAAAACGUUACCGCAUUCGUCAUUGAGGACACGGGUCACGACCUGGAUUUCCACUUCAGCGCGAACGAGACGUUCGACCUGUCUGUUGAACUGGUCAGGAAGCCUGUGUGA